GUGCAGAUGAAGCAUGCGGGCAGCGAGGGAGAGCUUUUUCCAUCCUCCAGCUCUCUACAGUCUGCAGACAGCAUAUGUACGCUGGAGUCAUGUAUUUUAGAGGAUACAAGCGAAGCUUGUGAGGAGAGUAUAGAGGACUCUUCCUUCUGCCUCCCUGAAGAUGUCCUGUCCGGCAGCCUUUCCAUCACAGAUGAGAUACUGGAGCUACUCAACCAGAGAGGGCUGCGGGCUGAGCCAAUGAACGGAGAGUCUAAGGCUUCAGAGCAAGAACAAUCAAAGGCUGAGAUUAAGGAGCAGGAGUCUGUGAGUUGCAAGCUGAGACGGUCAGGAUCCUCUGAAUACUAUACUGAAACAGAGAGGGCAAGUUCCAUCUCACUCGAAGAAGCUUCAGAUGUAUUCUACAGUGGUGACCUAACAUCGCCUGACUCUGUGGAUGAGAUGGAAAAUCUAGAGCAAGGUCUAAGUGACCCUGAGAUUCCUUUCUGCGUUAGAUCGUCAGAUGAAAACUUGCAGAACAAAGAUAAUGGAGAGUUGUCUCUAGAAGAGGAGGCUCCUUCGGAAGACCUUGGGCAAGAAGAAACUGGCCCCAGUGUCUGCAAAACAGAGGCUUCUAAACCAGAGGAGAUUCAGCAGUCAGUGUUCCCUGGUGAUGGAGAAGAUCUAUCUUCCAAGCUCAAAGAGAAGGGUGAAGGACAAGAAGUGAAUGAAAGACAGAGUACAAAUAGAUGUGAGCCUGCUCCAGAAAAGAAAGAAAAAGGCCCGAAACCCAAGAGGGACUCUACUUUGACUCCGGACGACAGGCUGUUGAUUGAGAGAAUCAAGAAUUACUAUGAUAAUGCUGAUGCUGGGGCAUCAUACCUCAGUAAAGAGGAUAGUAUUUCCUAUAUCCCCACUGGGGUGGUGAAAGAUUCCAUAUUGAGAUUCAAUUACAUCCUGCAGCAGGAGGUCAAGAAGGAUAGAGAAAAGGGCAUAUGCCGGACAAAUGGGUGUGGGCCAGAGGGAAGGCAGAUCAAUUGUCAAAGGAAACCUCCAUCCCAUGCAGCCGAAGACAUAGCAAUUGUGUUAGAGAAGAACAAUGGUGGCUUGGAACAAGAGCCAGAAUACAAGUCUUGUGCUGAGAUAAGAAAAGCCUGGAAAGAAAAAGAGAAACCAAACUCUUCAGAAGUGGGAAGAGUCCUGAAAAGAGGGAAGUCCCGGAGCAAAGAGCUGGAGGAGAAGGGUGGCGAACUGGUCAUCGUGGAGGAGUCUGACUUAGAAGUUGUAGGUCAGCUGCCAAAAGAGAGUUCUGUAAAGAGGGAAGCCGGAAAAGACCAUCACAAGCACAAUGUGGAAGACAGCGCCAUCAGACAGGACGGUCCCCCAAAGACAGAACUUACCUGCUUGACCAGCGUCACCAGCAAAGCGAGCUUCUGCUCUCCAGGGAUGGGCCUCUACGAUUCAGAUGACAUUUGUCUGCUUGAGAACUCAGAGAAAAUCAUUAAUAAAGUGCAGCUGCUCGCUACAAUGUACAGCGAAAAGAUUGGCCGGAUGAAGACACAGAAGAAGAAUGGGGAGAGCAGGAGAUCGGCCGUCCAGAACAGAGCGACAGUGAAGGCACUCCCUCAGGUCCUUGAGGAGACCACUGGGGAGAGGCACAUGACAGAGCCCCAGCUGUAUGGACACCUGAUGAUACACGAAACUUUACUUCACAUUAACUGUGUUCAAGAAAAUGGCCUGUGCAUUCCGGCAGCUCGUGAGAGCCUUUCAGAGCUUCAUAAAAAGGAGACGUUAUGGUCCCAGCUCCCCAGUCAGGAGCAAGCCCCAGUGCUGCAGUUGCCAGAGAUAGAUCUGGUGGCCUUCGUGCCAGAGGAAGAGUCUCAAAUUGAAGUAAAGGAAAGCAAUGAGAUCUCUGUUGACGUGGUCAGACCAGAUAAUGAAUCACACAUGAAUUAUGGUUGUGUGCCUGAACCUGUACCAACAUCCGUCUGUUUGUCAAAUGAAGUCAAGACAGACAACCAGUGUGUGUGUAAACCAGGUCCAGAAGAAGACCGAGAAACCCUUAUUGUCAGUGUUGAUUAUGAAGUCAAGGAAGCUAGUGUUUUAGACAUGAAUGACCUUGAUAAAGCCAACUACUCAGAGGGCUCAAAUGACCUUCUUGGUGAGCCAUCACCCUGCAUCACAGAAACCCAGGAGUUAAGAGAAGCAGAACCGGUUGGACUCGUGCUACCCGCUGAUGGUGAGGAGUCCUCUAAUGUGCACUCUACAGUGGCAAAAUCAGGAGAAAGCCCAGAUGAAGGACCAGAAACUGGGGAAAUUAAAACCACAAUGGAGCUGGAGGAAAUAUCAAAAACAAACACUAACAAUGAGACACAAAAAGUCCCUUCAGCUACAUCAACUAAUAACUCAUCUGCAUUUGUCCCACACUGUGAUAGAAAGGUGGCAGACAUAUCUCCACCAUCUUUACCAGUUCUUGAAAACGGUUCCCACCUAAGCACAGAUGGUAGUUAUGCUGUCUCUUGUGAUAAGUCUGCACAUAAAUCCUCCGAACCAGCACAGACUCAGAGGAGCAGGGGAGUCUCUCCAGCUGUUAUGGACGUCAUGCAGCGACUGCAGCUUGACUCCUCAUUUUCUGUCCCAUACUCCCAAGACAUAAACUCCUCAAAGAAACUCAAUAUGGCGACGCGCUCAUCGUCCUUCAAGAAUAACACUUCAACUGCCAAGGAGUUCCAGGGCAUGUUCCAGUCGAAUGUACCGAUUAAAAAACAGCAGAAAGUUGCCCCGACUCCUGGCCUCUUCUCCCCUUCUGUGUUGCAAAGGAAAUUAUCUAGAGCCAUGGCACUGUCCAAGAGCGCCCCAGAGUCUCAGCAGGUUCUUGCAAAGAGAAGCCCCAUCAUAAAAUCUAGAAGUUCUGACACAGAAACUCAAACUUCAUCUAUAAGGUCUCCGUGUUCUGUUCCAUCACCUUACAGAAAUUCUUUAUAUUCAGGGCUAGUGUUGAGUGAUACAAAACCUAGAGUCCUUAAAAGCAAAGUGUUGGUCGACACUCAAAAGGAAGGAGAGACAUAUCAGUCUGACUCCAAAGUGACACCAAGUAUAUCGACAUAUGAAGCGCCACACAAGCCUUGUCCUCUGACUUUCAACUGCCAUAAGGAAAAUCUUGUAGACAAGGUAUUAGAUGGCCCUGUUUGUAUUUCUCCUGGUUCUGCGGUCCUCAUUGCAAUCCCCUGUCCUCCGACCAUAAGGCAGAUACCGUCAUCCACAGUGUCUGAACCAAACUCACGAGUGCAAUCCCCAUUGACAUUGCGUUCUAGAAUGUUUUCUCCUCCCCCCAGGCAUAACCCUGCAGGUCCAAAGUCUCCUCACAUCCCUUCCUUUUCCAACACCAGAGCAUAUUCAUUUACCCCUCUUUCCUUUAGUUACCUGGAACGGUCAUCUUCAUCAUCUGCAAGUUCUACUCCAACUUGCACAAGUCCCCCAGCUUGCCCAUGGUCUCCUGGAUUUCCUCUCCACUCUAGGAGAUCUUGUGGAAAUAAUGUACCAAGUGGUGGGGACAGUCCUAUAAGCCCCGGUGCAUUACAAUACCCAGCUGGAUCCCUAAAUGAAGAAAGCAGGUUCUGGUGUUUAAACAGAUCACCUCCAUGUCUGUCUCCUGACCCUACUUCACCUACCGGUGGAAUUAGUACGCAUGAGCUAACCAGCAUCCACUGGCCUGAUGUCCGUGAGCUGCGCACAAAGUAUGGACCACUGAAGUACCAGAAAUCUACCAACACAGAGAAGAAAUUUGAUUUGAGGCCGCCAGCCUCAUUCAGAAAAUGCAAGUCUCUGGAUGAAGGACCAAAACUUUUCCCUAAAAAUGCAAGUUCCCUGUCUCCAGCAACCUCCCAUUACCCAACUGUAGCGACCAGGGAAGGUGUACAGCACUGUGGUAGUACAGAGAGGUGGGACUCUUCUGACACGAAGGAAAAAGCAGCCUCAAGGGCAAGUUAUUCCACCACAGUGAACAUACAGAUUGGUGGUAGCGGCAGAAUCGCGUCUUUCAGCAAUGCUCAGGUGAGUCUGACGCAUCCUCUCCUGCAAGCCCCAGAGUGUCUCUCCUCACGGAAGAUAAACAUUAACGGAAGCACCUUAGAACAUAAAACUGUGAAUGCUAGCCAGAAAUGAGGAGAACGGAGGGCCCUAAGUCUGUUCUACAUUUACGAACUCACAGUAAGCUGAGAAAUGAAUUUUCUGGACCACGCCGAAUCACCUGAUGUAGUGGAGCACAUGAUAUAUAUACACCAAAGAUAAGACCCAGCCAUAGGCCUGUGUGCACCUUCUUUCUAUUUAGAACUUUGUUGCAAUGAACCGAUCGGCCUGGCGCCACCACUGCCAGAUGGACUUAAUAGUACAAGUUUCAGUGAAUUUGCACUUAUAAUGAACAAUUUGCACCAAAGACCCCAAUUACGGUCUUUGUGCUGGCAAAACAAUACACCAAAGAAUACUUUGGUCUUCCAUAGUUACCAUUCAUCCACCCUCGUUGUGGACACGAGAACACAAGACCUUACCAUGGGCAACAUUACCAUAAUUCAUGUCUGCAGCCUGUCUCACAGUACAGAACAAUUAUAUUGUGGAUCACCUUAUAGGACACAUGGGGCCUGAUUCAGGGUGGACGCAGUUGCAGCCGCAACUUUAUGCUAAUUCCGCAGUCACUGGGUUCCUACUGAGGCGUCCAGCCGCGGCGCUAAACCGCUGCUGUGUAUAUUAAGAUGCACCAUCGGAGACUGCAGCCCAUCGAGGAGCAGAAUCUCAGUCACAUCAUGGCGACCAGUGAACUGCGUUUUUAGAUGCAGACACUGACCGUGACAUGCCCGCAUCUUGAUAAUCACCCCCCAGUUACCACCCAGAGGUGCCCACAGAAUUGGCAUGGUGUCUGCGUGGAAUUUUGUGUGGUAACCAUUGGUUACGCAUGUGCAGUGCGACUCUGAUGCAUGCACAGACGGAAAACAUUGGCGCUUGCAUCCGAUGUUGCCGCUGAGUCCACCUCUGUAUCGUGCCUAUUGUGAAAAGGGAAGAAUUCUAUCUGCACACAGAGAAAACCGUUGUAUAAAACACAUGGACAUUAACCAUACAAAAGGUAUUAAUCACUUUUUAAAAGUUAUUUUUUUCUAAUUUUCUGUUUAAAUGUCCUAACUUUUAAUAUCAUUACUGAUUUUUUAAAAACAACUUAAAUUUUUUUUUUUUUAAAUCAACCGCUGUUUACAUGGAAAGGCAUCCAUUCCAGAUCAGGGAAACAUACUAAAGUCUUUGCAGGUACAAUUAGAUGCUGGUUUCUAGGGGGUAAUUCAGAGUUGAUCCCAGCAGCAAAUUUGUUAGCUAAUGGGCAAAACCAUGGGGGUCAUUCCGAGUUGAUCGCUCGCUAGCAGUUUUUAGCAGCCGUGCAAACGCAUUGUCGUCGCCCACCGGGGAGUGUAUUUUCGAUUUGCAGAAGUGCAAACUCUUGUGCAGCAGAGCGCCUGCAAAAUCUUUUUGUGCAAAACGAGACCAGCCCUGUAGUUAUUCUUCGUGUGCGUUGAUUCUAACGACGGAGGGACAGCUUUGGACAUCACACACCCGCCCAGGGAACGCCCAGCCACGCCUGUGUUUUUCUGCCACGCUUGCAUUUUUGCAAACACUCCCUGAAAAUGGUCAGUUGCCACCCAGAAACGCCCACUUCAUGUCAAUCUUCCUGCGUUCGGCCGUGUGACAGGAAUGUUCGUAAGACUCUGUGCAAACCCACGAUGCUCAUUGUACCCGUACAACGUGCCUGCGCAUUGCGGUGCAUACGCAUGCGCAGAAAUGCUGAUUUUUAGCCUGAUCGCUGCGCUACGAACAAUGACAGCUAGUGAUCAACUCAGAAUGACCCCCCAUGUGCACUGCAGGGGGGCAGAUGUAACAGGUGCAGAGAGUGUUAAAUUUGGGUGGGGUGUGCUCAAACUGAAAUCUAAAUUGCAGUGUAAAAAUAAAGCAGCCAGUAUUUACCCUGCACAGAAACAAUAUAACCCACCCAAAUCUAACUCUCUCUACACAUGUUACAUCUGCCCCACCUGCAGUGCACAUGGGGGGGGGGGGGUGUCAUUCAGAUCUGAUAGCUGCUGUGCGUUUUCGCGCAGCUGGUGAUCAGAUACAAACUGUGCAUGUACUUCAAUGCGCAGGCGCACCAGACAGCUGCAAAGCAAAUUGCCGGUCAGCAACGGGUUUGUGCGAAGGAUCCAUUCGCACGGGCAUUCGCAAGGAGAUUGACAGGAAGAGGGCAUUUGUGUGGUGGCAACUCACCGUUUUCUGAGAGUGUCUGGAAAAACGCCGGCGUGUCCAAGUGUUUGCAGGGCGGGUGUCUGACGGCAAAUCCGGUCCUGGACAGGUUGAUGUGAUCGCACCGGCUGAGUAAGUCCUGGGCUACUCAGAGACUGCACAAAAUUUGUUUGUACAGCUCGGCUACACAUGCGUUCGCACACUUGCACAGCAAAAAUACAAUCCCCCUGUAGGCGGUGACUAUCUGAUCGCAUGGCAGCAAUCAGAUCUGAAUCAGGCACAUGGUUUUGCUCAUUAGCUAACAAAUUUGCUGCUGCGAUCAGGUCUGAAUUAGGCCCAUAAUGCGCUUUAUCUGUACAACAAAGGUUUAAGCUCUCUCCUCGGAAUGAAAGGGCACGUAUCUGUUAGAUGGACUCCGAACUGACGAUGCUUUAUAUUUCACAUUUUACUACAAAGGGAAGGCGUUCUAAGUGCCCAUAUAAUGAGAUUAAUACCCGCUUGAGACCCCUUUCAGACCGCGGCACCAACCAGGCAUAUUGCCAAGAUAAACUCCAGUCGCCGCCUCCUCCUGUGCCAUAAAUGGGUGCUGGGUCGCAUUGCCCCGGCUUACCCGGUCACACCGCACAGCGAUCAGGGUUGAAGAUGCUUUCAACCCAGCUCGCUACCCAAAUUGAAAUACUGGAUCGCUCACCCCGGAUUAUUUCGACUGGCCCCUUUCAAACCGCACAGCAACCCAGGUCGGUGCGUGCUUAUGGGGGUGAUUCCGAGUUGUUCGCUCGCUAGCUGCUUUUAGCAGCAUUGCACACGCUAAGCCGCCGCCCUCUGGGAGUGAAUCUUAGCUUAGCAGAAUUGCGAACGAAAGAUUAGCAGAAUUGCGAAUAGAAAUUUCUUAGCAGUUUCUGAGUAGCUCCAGACUUACUCCUACACUGCGAUCAGUUCAGUCAGUCUCGUUCCUGGUUUGACGUCACACACACGCCCAGCGUUCGCCCAGCCACUCCCCCGUUUCUCCAGACACUCCCCUCGUUUUUCCCUGAAACGCUAGCGUUUUUCCGUACACUCCCAGAAAACGGCCAGUUUCCGCCCGGAAACACCCACUUCCUGUCAAUCACACUCCGAUCACCAGAACGAUGAAAAAACUUUGUUACGCCGUGAGUAAAAUACCAAACUUUUGUGCUAAUUUACUUGGCGCAGGCGCGCUGCGUACAUUGCGCAUGCGCAGUUUGCGACUAAUCGCUCCGUAGCGAAAAAAUAACGAGCGAACAACUCGGAAUGCCCCCCUAUGUGCAAUAACCUGGGUUAUUGCUGGCGGGCUAAAAGGGAUAUAACUGUGCCUGCAGUAAAGAGAUAGUGACCUCGGGCUUUAUCAUGAUUCGGAAGUAAAGCAAGAAACCACGGAACAAACCAUGCUGCCAUGCAAGGGGAGAAUAUACAUUUAUAUUGUUUCUGUGCAGGGUAAAUACUGGCUGCUUCUGCGUGUAGCCCACAAAUGUUAGACCGCUUUAUUUUUACACUGCAAUUUAGAUUUCAGUUUGGACACACCCCACCCAAAUCUGACUCUGCACAUGUUACAUCUGCCCCACCUGCACUGCAACAUGAUUUUGCCAGGUGCACCGUUUCUUGAUCUUUUUUAAGCUUUACUUCUAAAUCAGAAUCAGGCCCCUGUAAUGUGGAAAUGAAUGUACAAUAUUAUUAAGCAGCGCUUAUUCCGCCACACUCCCCCAAAAUGAUGUGAUAACCAUGAUAUUGAGGGAAUGUACUAUAAUAACUGUUUGAGGACAGAUUCCCUAUAGUUUAAUGGGGAGUAAUUGAGAAGUGAAAAUUGAAUUGAGAAUGUGAAGAGGUAUUUAUAGAGUGAGAUCGCCCAUUCCUACAAAGGCUUCCCAGGCACCAUUAGGGAUAUGCACAGUCACUUAACAAAAUAAUAUCAAUCUAUCAAAACAAUUCUUGGUUUUAUUGAGGAAUACGUGCUCCCAUUUAUCUGAAGCAGAAGACUUGGACAUAUACAUGUCAUUAUGUCUGCUCAGUCUCUAGUGACCAGCUUCUGCUUCCCAAGUGCUGAGUGUUAUAUAGCAGUUAUAUGAGACAAAAAACGUCCAUUUACAUAAACAUAAGUAUUGAGACCAUCUUUGAAUUAGGCCCCAAGUCCUGUGUAUAUACACAACUUAAGUACAUUUCUUUGAAAGGAAUAAUCACAUAUAUUUUAAAUGCAAUUCCUAUAAUUAGCCAAAUACCUGAUACCAGUGGUACAUUUAUGUAACUACACAAAAAAAAAAGGAAUAUCCCGCCAGUUUGCACACACUUAUUACACAGAAGUUAUAUCAUGUACUGGCUUUUAUUUUAUUUUUUUAAUUUUGUCUCCAACCGCUCUCCCCCUCUGUGUUCCCCUUUUUCUCUCUCUUCCGCAAGUCAACACUUUCUCCCCACAUCUCCUCCUCCCUCCCAGCACUCUCUUUCGCUCACCGCCCCUCACUAUCUCUCUGUACAUCACUAACACAGGUGGGAGUGGUAAGAGCUCAGACCAACUGUCAUUCCAUUCCACUGUGAUGAUGUCAUUUUUAUCAGCAGUCGAUUUUAUUACAUAGAUCAGUGGUUCCCAAACUGUGUGCCGUGGCACCCUGGGGUGCCUCGGGACACUUGCAGGGGUGCCUCGGGUUGGUGGUCCAGAACCAAUUCAAAUUCUGCAUGGUCAAUGUAAAAAGCAAAACCAGUGUUAAUGGCUGACAAUCAUAAAAUAUAUUGACAAUCAGAAGCAAAUCUUGUCCAUCACCACAUAAGAUACCCUAAGGAUCACCUAAAUAGACAAUUUACAUAAUUUAAUAUUUCUUUCUACAUUUUUCAAUAAGAAACAAUUGGCUUAGGGGUGCCGUGCAAAAACUUCUGAUACUCUAGGGUGCUGUGAUUCAAAAAAGUUUGGAAACCACUGACAUAGAUAAUACAGUUGCAAACAGUUAUUACACAGAAAUUUAAGUCAACAUCAUGGGAGUUUCAUACCAUUAUUCCAGACAUUACGGAAAGACUAUACAAUGCAUAAUUACGCAAACCUCUAACCUCCCGUGUUCUGAGCACUUAUCACAGAGAUUAUACUCUUCCCCCUAAGAGGAGGAUGUCAUCCAUGUUAUUAUAUCAUCACUUCUCACAGAGAAGUUCUAUAUCCCACCAGUAGGGGAACCCAAGCUCCACUAUAAUUCCAGGUCACAUUAAUCUCACGCACAAUCUCCUUCGUGGACAUUAUUGUCUUAUACUGUACGAACCACGAAGAUAAAAUGUACUGCCCAAUGGUAACUUUAUGCACUAAUAAAUCAUUGCGGAAAUGUAAAGUAUAAUAAAGUAAAUUCCAAAAACCAGUUCAGAUAUAGAGGGAGAUGUAAUAAGCCUUGUAGAGUGAUAAAGUGGAGAGAGAUAAACAACUAACCAGUUAGCUCCUGACUAAUUUUUCAAACAGCCUGUAACAUGACAGUUAGUAGCUGAUUGGUUACUAGUUUAUCCUUCUAUACUUUAUCACUCUCCAAGGCUUAGUACAUAUCCCCCAUAUUGUGGUAAUUAACUAUAAGGCUGCUGUUGUUCAAUAUAUAUAUAUGGGAUCAGUACGUAAUCCCGCUGCACGGGAUCCCGGCGGUCAAAAUACCGACGCCGGAAUCCCGACCACACAAUCUCGACAGGGGUUGCGAGCGGAACGCAGCCCCUUGCGGGCUCGCUUCGCUCUGCACACUAUUAUAUUCUCCCUCUAUGGGUGUCGUGGACACCCACGGAGGGAGAAUAUGUCGGGAUGUGGCGCCGGGAUCCCGUCCAGCGGGAUGUUGACCGCAUCCCAUAUAUAUAAUAUCAAAGGGUAGCAUGUCAGUUUAUUUCUUGGGAACUUGCACUGCCUAUAUCCCAACAUUUGAAACGUCCAAACUGUAUAGAACUGGUGUUACCUAUAAGACUGCAAGCAAUUAAACCAAACUAGUGCCUUGCCGGCGUAUACUAGACACUAGCCUUCAGUAAAGGGAUGGGGCAGAUGCAUAAUCUACUCUAUUCUAAUAUAUAGGCACUUUGGUUACUAUUUAAUACACAGACUUUAAUUAAUAGUACUAUCCAGUAGUGUAUUCAGUUGAUCAUCAGUUUGGAUUUUUCUUUACGUAAAGCCGCAAAUUCCCAAUACCGUUAUGAUGACCAUUUUGGUUCAUCUCCCACACAGUGCGCAUCGGUGCUACAAAUCUCCAGGGCUUAGAAUGCUCUUAAAGUAAUUUCCAAAUGUAUAAGACUAUGAACCAUCUAAGGUUAUCCUGAGUGUGGGUACAGUUCUAGGUUUUAUCUUCUAAAACUCCCCCACCACAGUCACACAACAGCUGACACUCUUAUUUGUAGAAGGUAACAUCGGAGUUUGUCAUUUCUUGAAAUAAUGUUGUUUUUUUCAUUUUGUCACUAUCAAUGUCGAUUUUCAGUCACAGCACAAAGAUUGCUAUGUCUCUUACAAAGUCUUUAUAUGUUCUGCUUUUGCUAAAGGUUGUUAUUGGUCAGGUGGAGAUAAGAAUGUGAGCCGCAAGUCUAGAGAAUGGAGACUGUGAGAUGAGUGGACGGUACUGCAAUGUGAUUUGGCUGCAGAAUGUGAUAUAACUUGGAAGAUGAAUCUGUGUCCCUGACAAAUGUAAUACUGCGCUGCUGCAGCGACAGUACAGUUUCCAAAUGAGCGUACAGUACAGAUCAGGGGCGAGUGUAGAAAUCGCGCAGGGAGACGGGCGUGCCGCUUUAGCCUUUCAUGUUCUCAAUACACUGCAAGUUCAGUAUACUUCAAAACACAGCACACCCAUAAGACGGUCCAUCGCUCUGUGUCUGCUUACUGCCUGGGAACGCCCAAUACAUGUUCAAGACAUUUCUAAGACCCCGCUUCUCAAUCACACCUGUCACUCUGUCCGUGCUGACGCAUGUGCAGUGUGAUUAAGUCUGGGAACACACUACGGCCAACCCGCCGUUGCGCCUACAGAGCAGCCGAUUCAGGUAAGCACAUACACUUAUCAAUCAGCCGCAUUUGAAUUUACCAGGACAGCUAUGGCAUCAGCCCCUGCAGCCAGUGCACAGGUGGUCAGCGGACCGUCCGUACACACAGCCAGAUGCACCGAUAUAUCUGUAGAUACAUUGGCAGUGCUGCACAGUGGGUGCGAUUUGUUUGUGAAUCACAUACAUAUUGGGUGUACACAUCCUCUCGUGAUAUAUCAGCCAUUCAAUCGAACAGCCGGUGUAUGGCCCAAUGUGUUCCCAGCUUCAGACGCACAAGCAGAAGAGAAAUAUUGCUCAACUGCGUCUGACAUCGGCAGAGUGUCCUAAUCAGAAUCACACCCUAUAUGUGUCUUAUUGAUAGUACAGGCUGUGUGCUUCUGAAGGAUCUUAAUGCUGCAUUACCAUGUUUUCUUCCUGUUCUAGGAAAAUAUUUAUAGGUGAUUCUGUAGCUGUAAAUCAUGCAUAUUCCUUACCAUGGGAACUUUAAUAAAGUAUCACUAAUACCUAUGUGAUAAUGUAGAAUGUCAUGAAUGGUACUAAUUGGUUAUACUGUAACAAUGAACCUGUAAUAAUGGGGGUCAUUCCGAUUUGAUCGAUAGCUACCGUUGUUCGCAGCGAUCAGGCUAAAAAUCUGCAUUUCUGCGCAUGCGUAUGCCCCGCAAUGCGCACGCGCAUCGUACGGGUACAAAGCCCGUUGUGGUUGUGCACAUGUUCUAGCGAAGUUUCCAGUCGCACCGACGGCCGCAAGAAGAUUGACAGGAAGGGGGCGUUUCUGGGUGUCAACUGACCGUUUUCAGGGAGUGUUUGCAAAAACGCAGGCGUGGCUGGGCGUUCGCUGGGAGGGUGUAUGAUGUCAAAUCCAGACACGAAUAGGCUGAAGUGAUCGCAAGCGCUGAGUAGGUUCAGAGCUACUCUGAAACUGCACAAACUGUUUUUGUAGAGCUUGGCUGCACAAGCGUUUGCACUUCUGCUAAGCUAAAAUACACUCCCCAGUGGGCGGUGGCAUAGCGUUUGUACGGCUGCUAAAACUAGCUAGCGAGCGAUCAACUCGGAAUGACCCCCCAUGUCUCUGCUGUUAUAUGAGAACGCUACAAGGAGUCAAAGCAGUUUAAAAGGAUUUAGGUGUAAAACUACAGCCUGACAUGACUCAGUUUAUUAAAGGGCGCUACAAUGGGGUCCAGUCGGGAUCACGGCAGUCAAAAUACAGAUGCCGGAAUCCUGACACUGCUCGGAAUGCCAACACCGGCAUCCUAACUGGGAUCACAUUCCCGUUGCCGGAUUUCUGACCACUGGGAUCCCAACGAGCAUUUGCCAGCUGUUGGAUAGGUAAGCCACGGCGCGGGGGCUGUAAGUUUAGGCACUACCGGAGAGGGUUAGGCUGCA